AUGGCGGCGGCAAUAGCAGAUAAGGGCGCAACUUUGUCGAAGUGCCUCCAUGGAUACUCCACCAGCGAAAAGAAGAUCAACCCAUUCGGACCAUAUCAAAUUUUCGCUGUUAUUGUUAUACUCUACGCCUCAAUAGAAUGGGCUGGAAAUAGCACCUUCAUGAACGUACUUGGCUCCCUGGAACCUGACUGGAACUGUACUCUGAGAAAUGGAUCAUUUUAUACUGUGAAUGCUCCAACGAAUAAUGAUAGUUGCGCCUUUAUGAAGAAGAAUUGCAAGUCUUACACCGCUGAGAAAGCUUCGGUGGAGUUUGUAUCGCUAGUGGCCGACUUCAAACUUGUCUGUGAUGAUGCCGAUAAAGUGAAGUGGAUAGAAAUAAUUCAAGCUGGUGGUUCUCUCGUCGGUUCCAUCAUAGGCGGUCACAUGGGCGACCACCUGGGCAGGAAGACGAUAUUCUUUACAGGACAACUACUGAUCAUCAUAACUUCGAUAAUGUCGAUAGCCUCGCGAGGAUGGAUUGCCUACGCGAGCAUUCAGGGAGUGAACUGCUUCCUAUACGGAGUGAUCGAGGUUACAUCGCUGACCAUGAUGAUGGAGUACACAAAUAAUAAAUACCGGGUGAUUAUGGCAAAUGCUUUCCAGUGGCCUUUCGCUUACAUGACUAUUGCACUGAUUGCUUUCUUGACAAAGGGUUGGCAAAACUUUUUCGUUUUCCUAAAUUUGGUCUCGUCGCCGCUCACGAUCGGAUUCAUGCUAUUCUUGGAAUCUCCACGAUGGCUGAUUGCUACUGGGAAACUGGACAAAGCUUGUGACGUACUGAAUGAUAUUGCACAUCAACGAUGGAACAAUACCAAAGCACAUUUUACCACUCAGGACAUUUCCUCAAUCCACAAAAAUGAGAAGAAACGAUUCUAUACUUUUUAUCAUUUGUUCAGUACACCGCGACUUGCGAAACAGUCUUUGAUGCAAAUUCUGUCAAUGUUCACCUAUGCUAUGGUAUCUAACACAUAUUUGUAUACAGUUGGAGGAUUGCAUGACUCAGUCAUCAUGUUCAUAUUUCUGGAUGGAAUCUUCCGUUUAUUCACACCAUUCAUAAUCAUAUUUCUUGACAUUUACUUGCCCGGUUUUGGACGAAAAAUUCAGUUUAUUGGUGCUUUAGUGAUCGAAGGCAUUCUCUUCGGUGUGGUUAUUCUGCUCAUUGCUUUGGGGUAUGAGUAUGACAAUAUAUGGGUUUCCAUAUUGGUUAUUAUCACAACUAUGAUCAAUGACUGCGUCUUUUGGAUCAACAUCGUGCAAAUCACAACGCAACGCUACCCGACAGUUAUUCGUUCCAUAGCUUUCGGUUCCCUUCACUCCAUUAAGCACAUCGGAUCAAUUGUUGGUUUUUUGAUUCUGACACCCCUGCUGACAUCGUCGUGGACUUUGGGCGCCUUUAUCAUCCCAGAGAUUCUGAUUGUCAUAACGCUCAUUACUGGAAUUUUCCUUCAGCCUGAAACUAAAGGAAAAGCGUUGAUGGACCAGAUGGUGGAGGCGAAUUUUGGAAGACUUGAGAAUGAGUUGCCUCGAGCGCUGAUCAGACUAGCAGCCGGACACAAAGUGGCACAGAUGGAAGUCAGAGAGAAAUAUCGCAAAGAACUGGAAGCAGUACAAGCGGCCAAGCUAGCUGGUGAAAGUGUCGAUAGCCCAUGGGUAUUCAGGGGAACCGCACUUUCGGAACCAAAUCCUGUGCCCCCGGAAAGGAAUGGUAGAGACGCUUACGAGUACCAGGGAUCUACGAAACAAUCGGAGAAGCUUCAACUGAAACCACACUACCAGAAUGAUGGCUAUGAAGAGGAUGACGAGGAUGAGCUCGAAUCCGACCUUGGAAUUCCUUCGAGCAAAAAUGAGUGGAGAUUAUGA